AGCCCUGGCUAAAGUAGUGUGCAAAGGGGGCUUGACUUUGGCAUUUUUCGAAGUUGCGCCCACAGCCACACCGCACAUCUCCAUUUUGCAAAGAUGUCCUUUAAGCCCAUUGACCCGAAGCGCGACGAGAUCCGGCGCUACCUGGAGCGCGGCAGCGUCCUGGACUCGCUGACCAAGCUCUUCAUACGCGUGAUCAAGGAGCGGCCCGAGAAUCCCAUGGACUACAUCCGUAACCACAUCGGCGUGGUGCGCCACCAGCACGACAAGUACGAGCGCCUGCAGCAGGAUCUGCAGCUGGCCAACGAGGAGAUCCAGCGUCUGCGCGCCAUCAUCAACAGCAUCAAUCCCGACGUGCUCCAGGGUCAUCAGUCAGUGGCUUCAAGUGAAGUGGUGGUCGCAACGGAGGCGCCACAGACCGUGGCCGAGCCCACUGAGGCGGUGGAGCAGCAGCAGCAGCAGCAGGAGAACGGCGAGAUCGGCCCGGAGAAACCUGACGAAAGUUCGGCCGACGUUGCGGAGAUAACCGCCGCUGUGGAGGCCUGCCAGAUUGAGGGGAAUGCAGUGGUGUCCAGCGAGGAAGCCGCACAGCCAAGUCCAACCGUCCAAGCUGAAGCCACCGGCUCCAGCGAGUAGAUCUCAGAUGACAGCAGCACACGCCAGCACACACCAAACGUAAAAAAAAGAACAUCCCAUUUAGAACGCAUUCAUUUAAGAAGAAAUGUUAAGUAUUUUCCGAAAUUUACAUGUAAAUAAAGCGAAAUAAAGCCGGAUAUGCAGCGUA